AUGGCCACCAAUCAACGACACGCACCGCAGCGGCCGUCCCGCCUGAAUCCCGCUCUCAACGGUCGGAGGGGUUCAGACCCACCUGCGGCUCUCCAGGGGAGAGGGACGGUCAGUAUGCCGACCAGCCCGCUGAGGCGAGCGGUGGACUACUCGUGGAACGAGCCGCACAGCGCCCAAGACAUGUUCGGCUACGCAGGCAAGGAUGAUUACAACAUGGCGCCUGACCUCUUCGCUUCUCCCUUCUCCACCCGGCAGAACUUACCGAACAUCGAUGCCGAGCCCGACCCGUUCCACCUCACGGGUGCCGCUCUUCCUGCCUACGGCUCCACCGGCGUCUUCGGUCUCGCAGGGUCAGACAGCCACAGUCUCGACCGAGGCCUGAGCGCUGAAGCUGUCGACGAUCUCGGACGCCAGCCGCAGUGGAGUCAGCACGGUGACGCUACUUCGCCCCUUUCGGCCCGGCCGGACAGUGGGGGUCACUACGGCUCUCAACAUGGCGAGGAGCAUCGUCACGGGUUCGCUGGAAACAUGGACGAGGAGGAGCGGGAGGACGAGCCGGGAACGGAUAUGAACGGGCAGCAGAGAAUGCGGAAGAAGAGGCAACAGGUACGGGUGGCCUGUACGCACUGCCAGAAGGCGUGCAAGAAGUGUUCGAAUACGAGACCAUGCGAGCGAUGUGUCAAGUACAACUUGGCAGACUGCGUGGACUCGACUCGUAAACCGAGAAAGACCGGCGUGAAGCGUGGACCAUACAAGCGCCGAUCAUCAAAAGCCUAUCUCCACUCUACCUCCAUCUCCUCCGUCAACGAGUUGCGAUCGCAGCACUUCGGCUCAUCCUCUUCUCCUCCACACCAACACAGCUCGGAUCUCCUCCACAACUACCAGCUCCCCCAGCUCCCCCAAGACUACCCGGCUGCAAUGGGAUACAACGACCGCGGGCAAAGUGUCAUCCCGCCUGAGCUGGGGCAUCACUAUCAGAGUCAGCUGGAGCUGAGGCAGGAGAAGGCGAUGUACGAGCAGGAGCACCGGCUGCUUCUGCGGCAGCGACAACAGCAGCGGCAACGGCAGAACAGCCUGGGCCACCUGCAACACCAUGACGCCUUCCCUCCACGUCGUCAGCAAUUCCAGCAAGUGCCGUACCGCCCGUCAAACGAUGACCAUUCCCGCAAUACCUCAUGGUCCACCCAAGACUCCCAAUCUCACCCCUUCCCGCCGCAGCCGCCAUCUCCGACCCUCCCUGCGCCUCGAGCAUCACAGCUCGAAUCCGCCCUUUCGGUUGCCCUUUCCGGACUCGGCGCACAGCCACGCUGGGUCGACGGACAGCGUGUCCUGGACCUCCAGGCCCAGGGCGCCGGUACGCUCAUGCCCCACACGCCGACGGUGCCGUUCCCCAUGAGUCUGCGGCGGUCUGCGAGGGAUGCCGAUCCAUUCAGCCGAGCGGUCAGCCCGAUCCGGGGCCUCCAUGCUGGAGGGCAGGAAGAGCAAACGGUGAAGAAAGCUUCUUUCCCAGGCGGGCUCAUACCCCAGCAUCCACCUGGGUACACCGGCACUCCACAUCCGUACGGUUCGACGCCCGAUGUCAAGCCGGUCCACGUGGAGUAUCAGCAACCUUCGAGCGCCGGCCAGGAUACGAGCAUGACGAUGGCUCACACCGCGCUGCCAGCAGUCUCACAGCCGGGCUCCCCACACCCUCUCUCGUCUCAAGACACAUCGUCUCCCUUUAGCACAAGCGACAUACCCGGCUCUUCCGCGCUCCAACCGCAAAGCCAAGCUUCAGCUGCAGGCUGGAACGCGUGGAACACCGCUUCUACCGGCUCACCGACCACCAUUGCCCUGAAGCGGAUCCGCAGACCCUCGCUCCGCACACUCAUCAUGCCCGGUAUUUCGCGCGCCGGGAGCCCCGUCAAUUCGCCCACCAUCGGCCCCGGCCCGGUCUCGGGUACGUGGAGCCCUGGUCUGGCGAUGACGAAUGAGCAGCAUGAGCGGAUCAUUGGGUCAGGGGCUGUGGGAGGGGUAGGAGGGACGAGGGACGGUACGAUGAGUCCCACGUUGUAUCAGGGAGAUCUGGAUGGAGCGGAGGAGUUGACGUGGAGCUUUGGGGCAGCGCAGACCAUGGCGGGAUGA